CUUCCUGUAUUGCCUUAGUAACCCACAUGGAAACGCGCUCCGGUGUGUUUGAAACAGUGGAGUUACCGCUAUUCUGACGGGUAGAAUUAUAUAUUUUUUUUGUAUUUUAUUUAAUUUCCAUUUGCCCUGCACCCUCCUAAGUCGCAGCCAUGAAGAUCGAGGAGGUGAAAAGCACGACAAAGACGCAGCGCAUCGCCACCCACAGCCACAUUAAGGGGCUCGGCCUGGACGAGGCCGGGAACGCGAAGCAGUCCGCGUCGGGACUCGUGGGUCAGGAGGCCGCCAGAGAGGCUUGUGGCAUUGUCGUGGAGCUCAUCCGUUCCAAGAAGAUGGCAGGGAGGGCAAUUCUACUGGCCGGACCCCCUGGAACUGGCAAGACAGCGUUGGCCCUCGCCAUGGCACAGGAGCUGGGUAACAAGGUCCCGUUCUGUCCGAUGGUGGGCAGUGAAGUCUACUCCUCUGAGAUCAAGAAGACUGAGGUUCUGAUGGAGAACUUUCGACGGGCUAUUGGGUUGCGUAUAAAGGAGACCAAGGAAGUGUAUGAGGGCGAGGUGACGGAGCUCACUCCAUGUGAGACAGAGAACCCAAUGGGAGGUUAUGGCAAGACCAUCAGCCAUGUCAUUAUUGGCCUGAAGACUGCCAAGGGCACCAAGCAGCUCAAGCUAGAUCCAAGUAUCUAUGAAAGCCUGCAGAAGGAGCGGGUUGAGGUUGGUGACGUCAUCUACAUUGAAGCUAAUAGCGGAGCUGUGAAGAGACAAGGCCGUUGUGACACCUUUGCUACAGAGUUUGACCUUGAGGCAGAGGAGUACGUACCCCUGCCUAAGGGUGAUGUGCACAAGAAGAAAGAGAUUGUUCAGGAUGUCACGCUGCACGACCUAGAUGUGGCCAAUGCUCGACCACAGGGGGGUCAGGACAUCCUGUCUAUGAUGGGACAGCUGAUGAAGCCCAAAAAAACAGAGAUCACAGAUAAGCUUCGCGGAGAGAUCAACAAAGUGGUGAACCGCUACAUCGACCAGGGUGUGGCAGAGCUGGUUCCAGGUGUGCUGUUUGUGGAUGAGGUGCAUAUGUUAGAUAUUGAGUGUUUCACCUACCUGCAUCGAGCCCUGGAAAGCUCCAUCUCCCCCAUUGUAGUAUUUGCCUCCAACCGAGGCAACUGCCUUAUCAGGGGCACAGAGGACAUCUCCUCUCCCCAUGGGAUCCCCCUAGACCUGCUGGACAGAGUUAUGAUCAUCCGCACCAUGCUCUACACACCGCAGGAGAUGAAACAGAUCAUUAAGAUCAGAGCUCAGACUGAGGGGAUCAGCAUCAGCGAGGAGGCACUUUCUCACCUUGGAGAGAUUGGUACCAAAACAACCCUUAGGUAUGCUGUGCAGCUGCUAACCCCAGCAAGUCUGCUUGCUCGUGUCCAGGGGAAGGAGAGUGUAGAGAGGGAGCAGGUGGAAGAGAUCAAUGAGCUAUUCUAUGAUGCCAAGUCUUCUGCCAAGAUCCUUCAAGACCAACAUGACAAGUUCAUGAAAUGAUCUCUUCCUGUGCCCUGUUGUUACCCAUCCUUUCCACUUUGAUUUUCGCUAGUGCCAUUCCUCUCCUACCUAUUUGACCUUUCCCUCACCAUGAUUUUCUUCAAAGUUCAGCAACAUGUUAAUUAUUUUUGAAAGUGACUGUUUAGAAAGCCUGACGAAGAUGUUUAAUAAAUGUG